AUGCAUCAUCAAAAUAGAUUACCUAUAAUUAAGAACACAAAUAAAGAAUUUAGAUCUGAAACCUUAGACUUACCUACAAAUAGGAUAGUCUAAAGAAAAGAAACUACUUAAAAUUAUGAAAAAAAAGUGUUAACUAAUGAAAAUAAUGGCUUACCUUACUGUAAUAAAAUAUUUAAAAAGUAGAGAAACUUGAAAAAAAUCAAAAUUCCUCUACUAGAACAAACACUAAAAAUAUUGUAUUUUAAGAUGAGCCUUAUUCUCAUUAAAGAUAGAAAACAGACAUUAGUUCUCAUAAAUUUAAAUUAUAUUCCCCUGUCUAAGAAUUUUAAUAUGAAUAAAAUCAAAAAGUGAUAGAAAAUAAAAAGAAUCGUAAUUCUCAUGAAAUUAGUUAAGAUACUAUUUAAAAUUUAUAAAAUAAAAAAUAUUAAACAUUAGAUACUUAAACUGAACGAGAACAAUAAAUUUAAGUUAAAAGAUAAGCCUCUUUAUAACAAAACAAGGAUAAUUCAAUUAAACCAGGAAGAAAUAUUAAAGGCAUAAGAUAAUUUGUUGGUUAAGCUUAGAAUUUAUUAACCAACUUUUACUUUUAAAAUAAAUGGUUAAAAAAGUUAAAAUCCAUCUUUUAGGCAGCAAGAGCUUUAUGUAGAAUAUAAAUAUUGGUCAGACCUAAAAGGGAAUAAUGGGAUAAUGCAAUAUCAAAAGAAAUUAGUUGUGUACAAGAAUUAUCAUAUAACGCCACUGUUAAUGCAAUAAAAAAUAAACAGUGGUGUUAAAUGGUGUUUACUAAAGCAUUUUCUAUUAUUCAAUCUUAAACUCUAGAUGAUCAUUAAUUAAAUUUUAUAGUAAUUUAAUAAAAUAAUCAUAGGAAAAUACCUUAUCCCCUUUACAAAUCGAUCAUGCAAUAAGUAUAACAACUUAAGUUUAUUGGUAUUUUAUGACUUCGUUUGAAUUAUUUACAAAUCAGAAAUUGUUUAUAAGGGAAUUUGGGUUAAAUAUGUAUAAAGAUCUUUUUGAAAAUUAAAGAAAGUUCUUUAGUAAAUUUGUUACUAAACGUACACUUUAUUUGUCAUAAUAAAAUAAAAUUAUCACUGAUGAAUAAAGAGUGAUGAUUUAUUCAGAGUCUAUAAUUUAUAAUUUGUUACAAGGGCUGAUGUUAUUAAUAAAUAAUCCUAAAGUGAUAAAUAUGAAUAAACCAAAUAGUGUCUUUCUUAUAAGAGUUUUGAUUACAUUACUGCAAUAUUUAUUUAUGAAUACAUUCAAAGAAUUACCAAUCAUAAAUGAUUUAACUGGCAACUAUAAAUUUAUUUAAUUUAAAUUAGCAUAAAUAAAUAAAAAAGAAUUUGCUUUAUAAGAAUGCAUUUAAAUAGAGAAAGAGGAAUUAAUAAUUGGUACUUAUAGAUUAGAUGAACUUAGUCCAUUAUUCUCUAAAGUUUCAUGGUAUUCAUCUAUUAAAAAAUGCUUUAGAAGAAUACUAAAUAAUUUAUUUGUUUAUAAAUUUUGA